AUGCCAGCGAGCGUGUAUAGUCUCUCGCCUUCACCUGGACCGCAAUCCCUUGGUCCCGCUUCGGAAGCUUCGGCGGACGAGGGCAUGCCUUCAAGCUAUGCGCCGGAUGGCACCGCGCCAGCAUCUCGCGCCAGCUCUCCAGAGAUUGAGUAUGAGGGCGCAAUAGAUCCUGACGAUGUCGCGAAAUGCGAGUGGGAGAACUGUGGGAAGGUAUACGACCAUUUGCCCUCUUUCAUCGAACACCUACAUAACGAUCAUAUCGGAAGCAGCAGAAGCAAGUACUUUUGCGAGUGGUCCAAUUGCGUACGGCGUGGCUUACCGCAGACGUCGCGCUUUGCUCUGAUCUCGCACUUGCGCUCGCACACCGGCGAGAAGCCCUUCAUAUGUGAGCUCGCAGAAUGUGACAAGGCCUUUUCUCGUUCCGAUGCUUUAGGCAAGCACAUGCGCCUGCAACAUAACAUGGAACCAACGCCGCCUCAGCGUACGCAGGCUCGAAAGCGCAAGAUGCCAGGGGACCCAGAGUCCGAGUCUGCCAGCGCUGCAGCCGAACUGACUCUCCCUGAUGAGUCCAAUGACAUUUCUGCCGAAGUCGCUAGGCAAAUGGGAGACGACAGUGAGGGUUAUUCGGACGAUGACGAUGAUGAGGGCAUCCCGGAGCAGUUGCUCUCGCAGGCUGACCCUGCUACUGGCUUAAUACACGGUCGACCGCGUGAUAUAGUGCGAUACCUCGUUCUCAAGACGAAGUAUCAGUGCGCUAUGAACGAGCAUGCUUUACUCGCGGAGGAGUUGCGCACUGUGAGGAUCGAGGAAGAACGAGCGCGAAGUGAUAAGGACGCGGCUUUGAACCAGCUGCUUUACCGCGAGAUCGGUCCUGACGCCGAGAAGCAGCUCAUCGCGCCUAUCGAAUUGCCGCCCUCUCGCUCACACGGGCAAAUAAUAUCGCCGACUAUCACCCCUCCACCUAUUCGAACUUCAGCAUACCCGACGAGGCCGACGUCUCCUCAAGACACCCCAAUGCAGGUGGCAUAG